GGCCCCCAGCGGCGCCCGCCCUGCCCAGGGUGCGAUGCCGGGCCCCUCGGUACCCGGUUGCCGUGGACUGCUCCUGGACCCUGCCGUCUGCCCUGAGCACCACCAGGCCCGUGGCUUUCAUUGCCACGUACAGGCUCGGCAUGGCCGCCCACGAGGAGAGCCGGCCCUGCCUCCAGCCCACGCCGGAGGCCACCAGCUGCUCCAUCGAGGACAUCCGGAUGUUCUCCCUGGCGCCCUACGUGCUCAACGUCACGGCCGUCCACCCCUGGGGCGCCAGCAGCAGCUUCCUGCCCUUCAAGGCGGAGAACAUCA